AUGAGGACCAAGGUUGCGUUAUCCUUUCUCUUGCUGACAUAUGUAGUUCUUGCGGCCGGCUUCAGUUCCAAAAGGCUGUUUCGAGGAAGAAACGAUCUUCGUGAAGAAGCUGAAGACACUGGUUCCACUUAUCAAGGAAAAGACAUUUUUCAAGGUUUAGUGGACAGAGGACGGGUUCGACCUGAGAGGAGAGGCGGUGAUGCAUAUGAUAACGAAGAUGUUGAGGACAUGGGUUCCACUUUUCAAAGACAAGGCACUGGUCAAGGUUUAGUGGAAAGAAGAAGGGUUCGACCUGAGAGGAGAGGAGGGGUUCGUCCUGAGAGGACAGGAAAGGUUCGAUCUGAGAGGAGAGGAAGGGUUCGACCUGAGAGGAGAGGUGGGGAUAGACCUGAGAGGAAAAGAAGGGUUAGACCUGAGAGGAGAGGAGGGGUUAGACCUGAAAGGAUUGACUUGGAUACAACUGAUAUCGAAGAAGCUGAGGACAACCGUUCCACUUUUCAAAGAAUUGGCACUGGUCAAGGUUUAGUGGAUAGAGGAAGGGUUCGACCUCAGAGGAGAGGCGGUGAUGCAACUGACAUCGAAGAAGCUGAGGACAACCGUUCCACUUUUCAAAGAAUUGGCACUGGUCAAGGUUUAGUGGAUAGAGGAAGGGUUCGACCUCAGAGGAGAGGCGGUGAUGCAACUGACAUCGAAGAAGCUGAGGACAACCGUUCCACUUUUCAAAGAAAAGGCACUGAUCAAGGUUUACUGGACAGAGGAAGGGUUCGACCUGAGAGGACAGAAAGGGUUCGACCUGAGAGGACAGGAAGGGAGGGGCUAGACCUGAGAGGAAAGAAAGAGUUCGACCUGAGAGGACAGGAGGGGUUCGACCUGAGCGGACAGGAAGUGUUCGACCUGAGAGGACAGGAGGAGUUCGACCUGAGAGAACAGGAAGUGUUCGACCUGAGAGGACAGGAGGGGUUAGACCUGAGAGGAAAGAAAGAGUUCGACCUGAGAGGACAGGAGGGAAAAGACACUGGCGAAGGUUUAGUGAACAGGGGAAGAGUUCGACCUGAGUGGAGAGGCGGUGAUAACGAAGGCUAUUAUAACGAAGACUAUGAGCGAAGGAGGAGCGACGAUGAUUCUAACGAAGACGACGAUAAUGGUAGUACUGAGAACUACUACGAUGAUGACAGCUAUGAUGACAACGAAGAUGAUGAUAGAACUUAUUAUGAUGACGGCAAUGAUUCAUCAUAUGACGACAAUGAUAGAACUGAUAAUGACGACCACGAUGAUUCAGCUGAUUACGCAACCGAUGAUUAUAUAACUCACAAUAAUGACGGUGAUGAUUCAGCUGAUAAUGACGACGACGAUGGUGAUAGAACUAAUAACGAUGAUGGUGAUGAUAGAGCAGAUAACGAUGACAAUGAUGAUUCAGAUGAUGACAACAGUGAUGAUGAAACUGAUAACGAUGACGAUCCAGCUGAUAAUGAUGACGACAAUGAUGAUGAUGAUGAUGACAACGAUGGUGAUAGAACUGAUAACGAUGAUGGUAAUGAUAGAGCAGAUAACGAUGACAAUGAUGAUUCAGCUGAUAACGACGACAGUGAUGAUGAAACUGAUAACGAUGACGAUUCAGCUGAUAACGAUGACGAUGAUGACGAUGAUGACGACGACAGUGAUGAUGAAACUGAUAACGAUGACGAUUCAGCUGAUAAUGAUGACGACAAUGAUGAUGAUGAUGAUGACGACGACGACGACGAUGGUGAUAGAACUGAUAACGAUGAUGGUGGUGAUAGAGCAGAUAACGAUGACAAUGAUGAUUCAGCUGAUAACGACGACAGUGAUGAUGAAACUGAUAACGAUGACGAUUCAGCUGAUGAUGAUGAUGAUGAUGAUAGAAAUGGAAGCGUCGACAGUGGCGAUGACAGUAGGGAUGGUGACGAUGAUGAUGAUACUAGUGAUAACGACGACGAUGAGGAUAAUGAUGAUGAUGAAGAGGACGACGACGAUUACAGCGAUGAAGAUGAUGAUUCAGCUGAUACGGACGACUACAAUGACCGUAGGAAGAGAGACACUUAUAGAAGUGAUAUCGAUGAUGAUGACGACCGUAGAAGCAGAAACGAUGAUGCAACUGAUACCGAUGACGAUGAGUCUAGGAAGGGAGACAAUGCUGCAUCUGAUAAUACACGUGUUAUCAACGACGAUGAGUCUGGGAGAGUUGGAGUCCAGGGCCACUUCAACAGAGUAAUCCUGGCGUUGAAAUCAUCGAACGUGAAUGAGAACGGUCCCAGCACUGAGGUCACUUUGUAG